AUGUCCGACGAGCUGAGCCACUCCUUCAUCAAAGUCCGAAUUGCGGCCUUGCAAUUGCUUGUUCGAUCCAAGCAUCCUGAUGCUUUCCAUAUUGCUAGACACCUCACAAAACGAGUCACAACUUUCAUCGACCCAAGCGGUUCCCUUCGUUUGGCCAGACGAAGACUUGUUCGCGCCCGUCGCUAA